UCUCGGGCAGCCGAAACUCGGUGCCGUGUCACUGCCCAAGCUGCCCAAUUUGCCUCCUAACUCUAACUUCACGGGCAGGUCUGGGCAGGCUCUUCUCUCGCUCUUCUCUUUCUCUUUCUUUCUUUCUCUCGUACAUACCCUGAAAGGUUCUCUCUAAGUGGUUCUUCUGCGUCUGUGAGAUCAAAAUCUGACGGUUGAGAAUGAAAAUGAUUCUAACGCAAGCUUUCUGAAACCAAAGAAACCAAAAAGAGAAAAAAAAUAGUUUUACAAUACUCACUCGCAGUCGCAGUAGACCACCUCCGCUCCUUUCAGAUCUUCAAAACCUUCGCUUUUUCUCUCUCUCUCUCUCUCGCGCGCGCACGCUCUUACUCGCUCGCUCAGUUUCAGGUUUUAUUAGAGUCCGUACAAAUGGAGACCAAAAAGGAUGGUGUGGUGGAGGUUAAGGCUGUUAACCUGGGUUUGCUGCUAUCAUGCGCCGGGGAUGUUCUAGCUACCCUUCUUACCUCAGCUAUGUUUUCGGCUUUGAUUUCCUCACCCCAAGACUCUAUUGGGGUUACAAAAGCUACCAUCGUCAAAAAUUGGGAUGAUUGCUAUCACAAGGAAUGCCAGUCGAAAGCGGUUGAUGGUGGGGAAGAUGGGGACGAAGACGAUGAAGGGGAUGGUGGCUUAGGAGGAGAGGGUGAAGACGAGCUAUCUUCCGAAGGAGGAGGAGGAGAAGGAGGAGGAGGUAGCGGAAACAAUCCUAAUGGAAACAGCAACACCAACAACAAUGGUAAAGGCGGCGGAGCUGAAGGAGGAGAGAGUGGUGGAGCUGGGGAUCGUGACAAUGGAGAAGAUGAAGAUGAAGAGGGUGAUGACCAUGAGGACGAAGAUGAUGAUGACAAUGAUGAUGACGACGACGAUGAUGGUGAGGAUCAGGAUGAAGAAGGAGUUGAAGAAGAGGAUCCGGAUGAUGAGCCAGAGGAUGAGGCGGACGAGGAUGAAGAAGAGGCCCUUCAGCCCCCUAAGAAGAGGAAGAAGUGAUUAAAGGAAAAUUUUUAGUGUUAUAUGAAACCAUUCAGCAUUGCUGCUUUUUAACAUUGUAGUGACUUUUUAACGCUUAUGAGCAACAACUAUUUUAGGCUGGUUUUUAUUUCAGGCGCAUAUUGUAUGGACUAAGUAUAUUCAGAUAAGGUUAAUUCCCUCUUAAUUUUCUA